GACUAACCAUGGUAUUUUAAGUCAUUGUUUUGGUUUCUUUAUUUACCUUUAACAUUUUUAGUUCAAUUAAAUCUAGUAUUACUGUAAGAAAAGUAAAGAUAUUCAGAAUAAACGCAAGUCUCGUUUGACCUGUGUCCAUCUGGCGGCUGUGAAUCGAACUAUGACGACCUGUCUCACUAGAAGUGUUCUCCAAAUAUCCAGGAAUUUCAUCGGAAAUCUUGCUUUGUGCGCUACUAAUGCAUCACGAGUGAUAUGUCAAUCAAACCUCACAUAUUCUUCUAGGCAUAUCGGCCCAGUUAGCUCAGUGUUAACGCAACAGCUCCACACGUCACCAGCACGCCAUGGUUUACUUGAAUUCUUUGAUGACAAGAGGGAAUGGGGAGAACAGAAAGCCAAAGCGGGUCGACCUUGGAAAGUGGAGGAACUCAGGUUAAAGAGUAACAGUGAUCUGCAUAAAUUAUGGUAUGUGUUGUUAAAAGAGCGCAACAUGCUGAUGACAAUGGAAGAAGAAUACAACAGGGAACUUGAAUUGCUCCCCUCCCCUGAGAGGUUUGAAAAGGUUGAGGAAAGCAUGGAGAACGUACUCAAAGUGGUCAAAGAGCGUGACAGAGCCUACAACUUGCUUGAGAAGGGGGAAACAGGGGAGCCAGGGGGCUACAGGGACACCAAUAUACUCGGACAAAAAUAUUGGCGCAAAAGACGGGAAUCAGUCAUACCUUCCUUUAUGAAUAAGACAUUUAUGGCGCGACAUGAUCAUCUUGGAGUUUGGAUGAAUAAAUUGAGACGUAGGGAGAUUGAACAAAAACUGCGAGUUCGCACUAAAGCAUUGAGACGUGAUAGACAAAGGAAGGAGAACCUUAAAAGGAGAUAUCCAAAUGCAGAUACAGACUGAGGUUUCUAAUUAAGGUGGUCUUGGUAGAACAGUAUGAAGGCCUACAUGUAAAACAUUCAAG